AUGCGGGGCCACAAGUGCCAUCAGGGCAACCAAGUCACGACCGAGAGGGCCUACCAGAAGCAGCCCACCAUCUUCCAGAACAAAAAGCGGGUGCUGCUGGGCGAGGGUGGGAAGGAGAAGCUUCCCCGCUACUACAAAAACAUCGGCCUGGGCUUCAAGACUCCCAAAGAGGCAAUUGAGGGCACCUACAUCGACAAGAAGUGUCCAUUCACUGGUAAUGUCUCUAUCCGCGGCCGAAUCCUGUCAGGUGUGGUUACCAAGAUGAAAAUGCAGCGCACCAUCGUCAUCCGUCGGGACUACCUGCACUACAUCCGCAAGUACAACCGCUUUGAAAAGCGCCACAAGAACAUGUCCGUGCAUCUCUCUCCCUGCUUCAGGGAUGUCCAGAUUGGGGACAUCGUCACCGUGGGAGAGUGUCGUCCCCUCAGCAAGACUGUCCGGUUCAAUGUCCUCAAAGUCACAAAGGCUGCUGGUACCAAGAAGCAAUUUCAGAAGUUUUGAAAACAGCAUAUGGAAGAUGCUGAGGACAAAUAAAACUUUGGUAAAAAUGUACCCUGUGUGUGUAAUCUGAAAUUAAGAGCGUGGGGACGUGACAGCGCGUGUGAAC